AGGAGAGUUCCACACAGGUUUUGAACUGUUAUGGCUAAGUAAAUUCUAAUUAAUUUAUUUAAAAUCAACGACGGAUAUUUAUAUAUAUAUUUAUAUAGAUAUACACUCACACACACAUAUAUAUAUAUACACGUAUAUGUAUGUAUGUGUGUUCGUACCUUAAAAAACGAACAUGAGCGAACAAGAAAAUUCCACGUCCAAGCAUCAUGGCAUCAUUUUGAAAGGCCAAGAGAUCAUUUUGGACAUAUGUACAGCUGAGAACUGCUGCAAUGGGAAGAUCCAUUGCCCCUUCUGUGAUAUCAAUCACUUCAAACCUACAAAAUCACACCGGGUCAGAGAUCACCUAGAGUUGCUACAUCUCUCCUAUGCAGUACAAGCUGAAGAUGUAACUAUAGUGAAAUGUUUCUGGUCUUGUGGUCAGAUAGCUGGACAUUAUCAUUGCCCUUACUGUCCUUCAAAAUUGCUGAAGCGCUAUGCCUUUACUCUGCACCUACAUUCGCAUAUGAAGAAAAUGGGCAAGGAUAAGAGCUGUAUCUCUGUGCCAGAUCCAAAAUAUCCAAAUACUAUCAAAGGAUAUGGUAAAGAAAUCCAUCUUUGUAAGAAUGAAUCAUGUUAUAAAACUGCAAAUGUGAAAACUACUUCGGAUGCAGCGACCCCUGCUGAUGGGGAGAAGGCUUCAGAAUCUUCAGCUGAUACUUCUACAGUUGAUGUACAAAGAUCUGGACCACAUUAUCAUUGCCCACUUUGCAAUGUUCUGCGAAACCGACGGAGUCCACUCAUUAACCAUCUAUGGCGCUGCAUGGAACAGCCUCGCAAUUCCAAAGCACUGACAGACAAUUGGAAAAAGGCUACAAUACUUUUGGAAAAAGAUUUUGAGAAAGUUCCUCAUCCUCGUGAUGUUGAAGGUUUAAAGUAUCACCAGUCCAUUGUACGUACCCUGAAUGAUCUACCCAUGGAAAAGUGCUAUGCUCCUGACUGUAACUGUGGCCAUAAGUACCAUUGUCCCUUGUGUACAAAAGAGAAAUUCAAACCCAAUUUCUUGCAACACCUUCAGUACCAUUACUAUGCUCACUGGAAGAGACGGAUCCAAUAUAAAGAAUACUCAGUGCUCCUCUGUAACGGACGUUGUGAGCUUGAGAAAGGUUGUAAUAAAAUCCGCUAUCACUUUCACUGCCCCAUUUGUGGAUCGACCCGCCGGCGGCGCAAAAGCUUUGCUCGUCAUUUAAAAAUCUGUCCUGGGUCUGUCUGUAUGAAAGUCUUGAAGCAGAACGAGUCGAGUGUAACAGCAAUAGAGAAUUUUUCUAUCAAUGGAGAAUCUGGGCAGAAACUAGAACAGGAAAAGACGAAUGCUGAUGUGGACCUGUCGCCUUCAUUUCUUGUGGCUGAAAACGGUAACAUUGGAGGGAAUGAGCAAACUGGGGAACCACCAUCUGAAGUAACAUGUGAUGAUAAGGAUGUUGAGGAAGGUGAAGUGUUAUGUGAACCAAAAUCCUUGGAAGAUUUUCAGGUCUAUGAACAUGUGAUUGCCAAGUUGUCUAAUAAAUGUCUCGAUGCUCUUCGGGAUAAAGGCAACAUUGAGGAGAUCUUUUCUGAUAUUGCCCUACGUACUGGUGCUGAAUUGAUUUGGAGCGAAGGAGAACUGGGAAGUCUUCCUGUACAUGAAUUAGUUGGAAAUCUGAAAGUUCUAGAAAUGUCAAAAGACUUGGUGUUAAAAGCCAUUAUUGGAGAUCUGAAUACAGAACAAGUUAUUCCCACAAAACAAUAUGAAGAGAAAAAUACUCAGACUGAUGAAGAUUUGUACCCAAAGAAUUGUAUGGAUGCUAGCAUACAAGUUGAAGUCAGCCUGCUGUCAGAACAGAGAAUUCCACCUUCACUUGAAAUGAAUCCCUCCAACACAGUUAAUGGUGAUAAAACGCCAGAAAACACCUAUUCUAACCAGUCUUCAAAGCAACUGAACAAACGGGCAUUAAAUAAUUCUGACAAAGAUACAAGAGUUACUUUGAAAGAAUACAGCUCCAAAAGAUCUAAAGACAAUGGUGAGAAACAUCCUGAGAGUCCAGCAGCUAGUUUGGUGGCCUCACCAUCUUCUCCCAGAAAACGUGGGCGGCCUCGAAAGCUAAACAACUGUUUGAACCCAAGCAAUAUUAAAGUUCGAAAAGUUGACUCAACCAUAGAAGAUUUACAAAGUCCAGGUGCUAAAACAAUCAAAAGGAAAAGAGGAAGGCCAAGGAAAGAGAUUAGCAAUAAAGUUAAUGCUUCUGAAGAAACUGUUUAUGAAAAAGAUCUUGAUGAUGCCGAUGACAUGACCCCAGAUGCUGAUAGUCACCUGUUAAAUAGCAAACGCUAUUCUACCCGUGGGAAGAAAAUUGAUUUCUCAUUCCUCGUGGGAAAACCCAAGAAAAGCGAACUCUUUAAAAUGAACUCUGAAAAUGGUUUAAAUGAUUCAAGUGAUGAAGACUCUCCAUCUUCAGAAACAGUUGGUGCCAGUUGUUCAGACAGUGGUAAACCUGAUGAGGCUAUGUUAAUUGAUGACAGUUCUGAAACUAAUAAACUCACAAAUGAUGAGAGUAACACUAGUAGUAGUAUUAAUGAUAAUAAUAAGAACAAUGAUAAUGAUAAAGUAACUGUUCAAAGUGAUACUGUUAGUCAGAAGAAUUCUAAAGCAUCUUCAACUAGUGCUAAUCCUUCGAAAUCAAAAGAUUCUAGCAAAAAACCUAAAUCCCGUGUUUUCAAGCCAUUAGUAAUGUCAGAUGUUGCUGUAUUACCUACCAUCCGGGAUUUAUUCACUUCCAAAAAAAGGCAAAGACAGAGAAAUAGGAAUGAUUUGAAGUCUGAAUUAGCUGCAGCUGGUAUAAGUGGUCGGGGACCAUCAUCAUCCUUAUCAUCAUCAUCUACUAGUGAAGUAAAUUCCAGGUAUGCUGGGAACACCUUUAAUCAAACUCCUAAAACUACAGAAUCAAAACAGCUUUCAUCUCACACUUAUGACCUGCUUUGUCACUUGUGUGGCUUACAGGAUAAUCAAUUUGAUAUAAUUACCGAACAUUUAAGGCAAGAACACAACAUAGAAAACCCAUUGCGUUGUGAUGUCUGUCAAAGAACUUUCGAUCGAUUGUUUGACUUAAAGAGUCAUCUGUCUCGUAAACAUGGACCAUUUCCCCAGUUAGCUAUUGUUCACUGUUCUGUGUGUGGCAAAAGCUUUCAGGGUACUGCCAAACUGAAUUGGCACAUGAGUUUUAUGCACAAAAUUACUAAGGAACCCGAUCCCAAAAAGACUUCUAUGAAAUGUAAUCAAUGCAGUUUUGUGGCUCCGAACUAUUCUGCUUUGAUUAAUCACAAAGAAACUCAUGUAGAUGAUUCUAAGUUGUGCAAUUUAUGUGGGAAACUCUUUUCAAAAGGGAACCAUUUAAUUACUCAUAUUCAGGCUGUUCACACAAAAGAGAAAGCAGCUCAGUGUAAGCAGUGUGGUAAACAGUUCAAUCAUAUACGUUACCUCCGCACUCACAUGAAACGACAUGAAGGCAUUAAGAAACAUGAAUGCAACUUAUGUGGCUGGCGUUUCUUUGAAAGCAAUACUCUUAAAGACCAUUUAGAAACUCACAAAGACGUUAGCAAACGAAAAUAUCGUUUUACUUGUGACUAUUGUGGUCAGAAACACAUCAGUAAAGCUAAUUUCAAUGAUCAUCUUAACAAACACACCGGCAACAAACCUCACAAAUGUCAGCUGUGUGGCAAAGGGUUUGCUUUCCGCACAAUGUUGAUGAAACAUCAGAUUCAUAUCCACACUACAGAGAAACCAUUUAAGUGUACAUGUUGUGAUCGAGCAUUUAAAUUUAAGUCGAAACUUAUUCAACACAUGGUCAUUCAUACUGGAAUCAGUAAAUAUGUAUGUCAGAACUGUAACAAACCAUUUUCAUGUUCAGCUACACUGAAACACCACCAACCUCGUUGUAAAGGAGAUAAAUCAUGGCAGCAGAGCAGAACGGUUAUCAGUGAUGGAAUGACAUUAACAGUUGAUGGACUUCAACUGGAACAACAGCAGGUAGAGUCUGGUGAAAACAUUGCCAUUCCAGUGGGGGAUCAAAACGACAUUGUCAUCGAUAUGUCAAACCUAUCUGGUAUCCCAGAAGGCAACAUUCUGCAGGCUGCUGCACAGGCUGCUCAGCUGAUGGAGAUGCCAGAAGUGUUUAUGUGUAGUGAGUGUAAUGCUGUCUUCUCUUCUCUAGCACAUGCUGAGAGCCAUGUAACCACAUGUCGUAUUGAUGUUGCUACUAUCGACACACCAAACAUUGAAAUAAAGGUGUUAGACGACCAACAGAAUACAAGCUUUGUUGAAACAGCAAUUUCUGUUGAUAAUACCUCCACCAUUGCUGUUGAUAAUUCCACCACAAUUGCUGUUGAUAAUUCUGCCGCAAUUGCUGUUGAUAAUUCCUCCACGAUUGCUGUUGAUAAUUCCUCCACGAUUGCUGUUGAUAAUUCUUCCACAAUUGCCAUUGAUAAUUCCUCCAACUGAUCACAUGUCAGUGGGGCAUUAUAUUAUUGAAUAAAGAGUUUAAAAGUUCAAAUCACAUCACCAGCUCUGCUCUGCAUGUUGUCCAUAACGAAGACUUGGUUAUAACUGGCUCAGUCCACCAAACUGUAAAUAGGUACCAUAGUGUAAAUAUACGACAUUGCUGUAUUUGGUAAGAACUCUAACAUAAGCAAGUGAUUUGUUAGCUUGCAAUUUUUAAGUUCAAAUCCUUGUGUGGGGUCUGGAUAAGGUAAUAAGAAGCACACUCCUGUGCAUUCUUCCCUGAAAUAUUUUGUAGAUAUUUUAUAUACAGGGAAUUACCAGAAUCUUCUUUGAUUUGGUAGCCAAGGUUUUUUUUUUCUUUUUAAUUUAAAGAGAUUAUUAAUGUAAAUAUGGUAUAGUAUUUACUGGGAUUUUACUAUUUACAGAAUAAGGAACAAUCUCAAUUCUUAGUUUUUGUUAACGUUAGAAAGCUAUCUUUGAAUGUUCAGUUAGAGAGUUGUACAGAAAUAAAAAACCUUGCAAUGUUGUACAGACAAAAAAAACAACAAAUUAAAAAAAAAA